UCGGCCUCACUUUUCAGCAACUUUUUCCCGAGUCUGGAGGAGCUGGGAGGAGACGAGGAGACUGAGGAGCGGCAGAGGUCUGUAACGAAGCCUGUGUCCGUUGGUGUCGUUUGCGGCGGAGAUCGCCUGGCGCCCGUCAUGUCGCCUUGGAUGAUCCUUCCCGUCAGCCUGCCUGUCUUCAUCAUCACAGGAAUAUGGGUGGUAUACGCGAUGGCCCUCUACAACCAGCACGUCUGCCCCGUGAACAACUGGGUUUACAAUGAGUCCUGUGUGGAGCCGCUUCCAUUACAGAGGGGACCUGUACUGUGUUGCACCCUGGACAACAUACCACUCAUCAGUAAAUGUGGAACUCUGCCACCUGAAAGCUGCUUUUUCAGCCUCAUAUGCAGCACCGGAUCCUUUAUGGUAAUGCUGAUCGGCCUGCUGCGCUACGCUCACGUGAUCGAGAAGCACCAGAACUGCAUCCUCAACACCGCCGGCCUCUCCACCGGGUGGCUCUGCGCCGCGGGGCUCAUCAUGGUGGGAAACUUCCAGGUGGAUUUUGCUAAAGUCCUUCACUACGUGGGAGCUGGGGUCGCCUUCCCCUCCAGCAUGCUGUUUGUGUGCCUUCAGUCGGCUCUGACCUACAGACUGGCCAAGACCCAGGAGGAAUACUGGAUAGGUCACAUACGUGUGGGGAUGGCCCUGCUGGCCCUCAUCGCCCUGGUGCUCAGUGGGGUUUUUUUCUGCCAGGAGAGCUAUGCCCUGCAGCACGCCUCCGCCAUCUUUGAGUGGAUCUACUGCUCGAUCAUCAUGUUCUUCUACGGGACUUUUGCCUUUGAGUUCGGGGGCAUGUCGGGGGACACCCUGAUGGUGCUCUCCAAAGGCGGGGCGAUGCAGAGCUUUUCCACCUCUGACCACAAGACAGAGGUCGGCGGAGCCGGCCACCACCAGCCAGAGAGCUUAUCGAUCCUGUAA